AUGCCGCAUUACCCUAUUCCUCCUUCCGCCGAUGCUCUUGACUCCGUUAAUACCAAGAAAACAAAUUUGGCUUCAUCCGUUGUAUCUAUGAAUCUUUAUCGUCCCAAGAGCUUAGCCGAGAUAGGAAAGUCGUUCCGCCGCGUUUCAAUCACGGAGACGCGAUGCUCAUAUGAGAUAACUGAAGCAAUGAAAGGGCUGUUUGGAUUAGUGAGAGGGGAGGUGGCAGCAGUGAGGGGGGAGCUGGCCGCAGCAACUAAGGAGUUGGCAACAGUGAAGGAGGAGCUGACAGCAGAAAAGGGGGAGAUGACAGUAGUGAAAGGGGAGCUGGCCGUGGUUAGAGAUGAGGUGGCGCGACAGAAUGAGCGAGUGGUGAUGCUGGAGGAGAGGAAUGAGGUGUUGGAGAAUGAGGUGAAUGAACUGAGGCAUGCACUAGGUGUUGUGGGGGAGAGGAGUGUGGCUACUGCUGCUGUGGUGGAGGAAAGGGGGAGAGAGUUGGAAGCAGUGAAAAGAGAACUAAGUGCAGUGACAGGGGAGCUUGAGGCAGAUAGGGAGGAGGUGGGACGACAGAAAGAGCGAGUGCUGACUCUGGAGGAGAAGAAUCAGAUUUUGGGGAAUGAGGUGAAUGAGCUGAGGCGUACACUAGGUAUUGUGGGCGAGAGGUGUGUGGCGACUGGUACUGUGGUGGAGGAGAGGCAGAGAGAGUUGAUAGCGGUGAAGGGGGAGCUGAUUGAAUUGACGGGAUAG